UUAAGUGCAGAACGGCAGGCAAAUAAGCGCCCAUUAAAUGUGAAAAUUAAUUGACGCAAAUCAACAGAAAUCAAAAAUUGUCUAUGAUCGAAAGAAGUAUAGAUAAUAAUUAUUUGAAGUCCCUGAUAAAAUCAUAUCUAGUGACCGUUAUGUUCAAUUUGAGUGUUUUGUGCAGUGCUCUGUGGAUUCUAGUGUCUUUUCUGUGUUUAACUAAUGCCUUCCCAGAUGGCGCGCCUGCUGAUACUUGUGUAAAGCAGCGUGCCAAUCAACCGAAUCACGGCAAAGCGCGUACACAACCGGGACAAACAAAUCCUUAUGAAGUUGUUGCCGAUUCGGAGACUUUCCAUCCUGGGCAACCUAUUUCAGUUACUAUUUACUCUAACGAUCAAAAGUCCACUUUUCGCGGGUUCUUCAUACAAGCUCGCGAUGCCCAUUCAAAUGAAUGGAUCGGCGAAUGGGUACAAAGUGAAAAUACCAAAACCAUUCCAGAAUGCUCGGCAAUAACACAUUCGGACAAUCGGGACAAGUUGGGCGCGAAGCUAUUUUGGAAGGCACCACAAAAUAAACGGGGUCGUGUUUACUUUACUGGCACGGUAUUGAAGGAAUACAACACGUUUUGGAGUGACGUUGUGGCAAAAGUGCUAGCUGCGCAAUGAGCAGACAAAGCUGGCAGUAAGGCAUUACAUACUUCUCGAAUGCUCGUCCAUUGCUGAUAAAAAGAAUUAGAAAUGCAUAAUUUUUUUUACUUAAAGCAUGUUAAUGAUUCAUCUAAACAAAUAAAGACAAUCGAAAAA